AUGUCUGUUGGAGCUUCUUUAAUGGGGGAUGGAAGAUCUUUAAAAGGUAGAGGUGUUAAUAAAAAGGAGAUAAUUAAUGUAGAUAAUAUACCAUCUACCUCGGUAUCAUCCCCUUUAAAUUCUAAUACUAAUAUAAUAUCCUCAUCAAUAAUUACUGAAUCAGUAAGUACAAGUUCGUCUACUACAAGUUCCACUCAAUCUCCAACAUCAUCAUUACCUUUAUCCAUAGCUUCCAGUGUUAACAGUAAUAUAACUUCCUACAAUGAUCUUACAUCGGGUCCAUAUGCUAAACAUUUAUCAUCAUCUUUAUCUUUAAAUGGAAGUACCACAGAAUCUUUGGAUUCUCCUCCACCACCUAUGUUAACACAUUCUGAACCUUCAUUAUCAUGUAUAUAUAGUAAUUUACUUACUGCUGUAUCUCAUCAACUACAAACCAUAUCUAAUUCAAAUAUUGAAAAUAUAAGGAAAUUUAAUUCUAAAAGUGAUAAUGCCCACCGUUUAUUAUUAACAGUUACAGGAGAAUUACGUUUCUAUGGUGAAACUUCUCCAGUAGUCUUCUUAAAUGAAUGUCGAGAAUAUUUUGAAACUAAUCUUGGCGCUUCAAAAUUCACUAAAGUUCGGGUUCAAGAAUCCUUGAGUAAAGAAUAUUCAACAAAUAAUGCCAUUUAUGCUGAUACUUUACUGCACAUUGGUUCUCCAAGUGAAGCAGCAUUACUUAGUACAUUUAAGCUUCCUAGCAAAGAGACUUGUGAAUUAUUAUUGAACGUAUUUACUGAGACGAUUAAUGACAUAUAUUAUAUUUUUGAUAUGGAUUAUUUUAGAGAGUUUGUCUUUAAUCCAAUCUUUGAAAAUGCCGAAGAUUUACUGAUUGGCCAAAGGAAUAAAAAUGAAUGUCUCUUAAGCAUGGUAUUUGCUGUUAGUUCUUUAUUUUUAAAACAUAAGAAUCCUGCUCAAUUAUCCCAUUUGGAAAUCCAACAACCUCAUGAAUAUUUUCAAGCUAGUCUGACACUUAUGAGAUUUCAUCCUAAUAAUCAAGAUGAUAAAUUAUGGAUAGCUGAACAUCAUUUGUUGACUUACUUUUACUUAAUUGCCUGUUGUGAUAAGGGAGCAUCCUGGAUCCAUUUAGGCAUAAGUAUAAGAAUAGCUCAAGCUCUUGGCUUACAUAGUAACAGACUUAAUAAUCAAUUCCCAGAUGAAAAAUACGUUUUACAUAGAAAGAAGUUCUGGCGUUCGUUAUUUAUAUGUGAUAGAGUAUGUUCUAUAAAUUUUGGUAGACCAUUAACAAUUGGUAAUUCACCAUCUAUUAAACAGGAUGCUGACGAUUUGAAAGAACCUUAUCAAUACCAAUUGUAUAAAAUCGCAGUCAUAAAUGGUUUAAUAAUAGAGAAAAUCUAUGGAGAUGAUGACGAUGAAGGAUAUAUAGCUAUUCUGGAUUUGAAGGAAUUAUGUCAAGAAUUAACAAAUUGGACAUGGAAUUUAUCUUCUGAUUUGAAAUUGGGUUGGGAAAAUGGUAAAGAAGAUAGUGGACUUGGUCCUAAAGAUUUUAAGAAAUUAUUAAUUCAUUUAUUUUAUUUAUUUGGUAUAAUUAAUAUGGGCAGGCCCAUAUUUAUGAAUAUGAUUACAGCACCAUUGAGUGGUAUAAGAAAUGACAUGGUAUUACACAUAACAAAAAUGACAAUUGAAGCUUCGUAUUUAGCCAUACAUUUAAUGAAAUCUUUCAUGCAGACGAAGCCAGAAAGAACUGAAAACUUCACAUUGAUUACAAUGUCUCUUUAUUCGGCAUUAAUUCUUGGAAUGACCAUUUUAAAUCAACGAAAAUUAUCAACAAGUGAUAAUGUCUAUAUAAAAGCAUUAACUGACGCUAUCGGAUAUGCUAAAGGUACGUUGGUGACAUUUGGUAAGUAUGAUAAGGUAUCAAGGCAUUGGUCUGCGGUAUUAAUUAGCUUAUUGGAAAGUUUAAGAGCUCCAAUGUUAGACAUUGCUGACAUUGUUGAUAUUCCUUAUUCAAUAAUCAAUAUUAAACUUUAUGAGGAAGAAUCUAUUCUGCCUUCAAGCGAUGAACUCGAUGAUGAUAAUGAUGCCUCACUGUACGGUAGCAUUAGUGAAACAGAAUAUAUAGAUAAUGAAGCAAAGUACAGAUCUUUGAAUUUUCAAUCUAAUUUGCCAAAUGUUUGUAUUCAAGAUUUAAUACACCUCAUAGGGUUCGAUGGAGAUAAUCCAUUUAUGUUACAUGAUUUAAUAAGUGCUACUAUGCAUAAGGGUCAACUGAAUAACGUAAAUAACCCAAACAAUUUAGACGGACAUAUUGCCAAAUCUCCUCAAGGUAGUCCUGCUGCACAUGAUCAUUUAGAUGCUUUCAAGUAUGACUUUCGUCAAGUUUCAUAA